CUGCCGCUCCAAAAUGAGAGGCUCAAAUAGUUCCAGGAUAAUAACAUGGCCCAUGCAGCACUAACCAAUUUCUUGACUCCAAAAUCAAUUAAAUUGCUAUCCUAUGAAGAAAAAGCAGCAACAGCAAGAGCAGCGUGUUGAUGAUGGUGAAAAUGAACAUGAUCUGGAGAUCAUCAAGGCAGUAGCACAAGCAUGGUAUGCCAAUUCCAGCAGCUCUAAGUCAUCACCAACUGAAUUUGAUGCCCACCGGCGAAAUUUCAAGGGCAAGCCUAGCAGAUUCAAGCUUGAAGCUGCAAGAAAAGCAUCAUCAGGUGACGAAUAUGGCAGUAGUAGUACAAGUAGUAAUUGGGAUUUUGGCCAAUCCCUUUGGGAUUCUUAUGAGAUUGUUACAAUUUCAAGAAGGUUGGAAAGAGGUUUAGUUUUGGAUCAUACAUUCUCUGAAGAGGAUGAUGCAGGGCAUGUUUUCAAGAAGAGGAAAGAGAGUAAGAAUAGCCUCAGGAAUUUACUUAAUAGGAUAUCCUCUAGGAGAUUUAAUGAACCACUUGCACCCCAAGAAGAAGGAAAUCAGUCUCUUGAUAAGCCUGGAUGAUGGCUCAAAUUUUUAGGCUUCUUUUUUCAUAUCUUGCUUUCAAUUGAAUUGAAUUGGGUGACAAAUUAUUUAGUUGCAAUAUAUUUUUAGUGCUUAUUUUUUUUUCUUAAAAAAAGUGUGGCAAGAAGGAAGGCAAAUUGGACAUGUGUGUCAUUUAAUCUGAAGCUCAGGAACCAUGAAUAGAUGCAUUUUAAUUUAGUAACAAUUAGUUUGCAAUUACAGUCAAUGAUGCAAUUGAAGCUUCUGGGGCUAUGAUUAUCAAUGAAAAAUACA